CCACAAUACGUAACGAGACUAUGUUUAACGUUUAUAUACAUUAUUACCUGUAAAUUUGACUAUUAUAAUCGUAAUAGCAAUACCUCAGCGUAAACAAAAUUUUACAAAGUUAGAAUGUUUUAUGUAAUAUGUUUAAAAGAACAUCCUAGAAGAAAUAGAUUGAUGUUGAGAGUGGGAUAGGCGAUAUAUACCUGAAACUCUUCUCUUUAACUGACAGUAAUGACUCGUUAACUGAGCAUAUAAGAAGAACGGCAAGUGACAUGUUCUUUGUCUUGUCUUAUUAGAUCCAAGUAAUAUUGUGCAGAACUGACCGUCAAUCCCCAUCAAUCGUCGUUAGAUUAUACCCUUUUUUUUUUACACGUGAAGAAAUCCUCAUGGACACUCCGCUGCUGCUAAUAGUCGGCAACAGCCGAGUAGUGUCGGACUCUUACCGACUAAAACUCCACGAUGACUAUCCUACGCGUAUAACAGGAAUGCUCCAGGAACCUCUUAUGAAUUUUCUUCCCGUUGCACCUCCCCCCUGCGUCCUCUUGUUCGAAUCAGUUUUAAAAAUUCCCUAACUGUUGAAUUUGGCGCUAGGGGGGGGGGGGGGGAGAGGGCAUUGCCCCUAGCGCCAUGGUUAGAUUAUAUCUACGAUUAUACAACAUAUACUGUACUGAAAAUUUCAAAGUCAUUCGUUGUUAGAUUGGCAGCCAGAGGUGAAAGUUGCACCUUUUCUUUAAUUUUUUAACGACCAGCGAGUAGAAAAAGAUAUUCCAAGAUGAUAGACAAAUUGAAUCAUGUGCUGCUAACUGUACCUAAUUACUCGUAUACCUUCAAUUUUGAGAAAAACUUUGUUUACUCGGAUACUCUUACGACAAUUAGGAAUCAUUAUUCGAACUGCUUCUACUAUUCUGCCCUUUAUGUCAUCCUAAUUUUUGCCGGAAAGCAUUACAUGUCAAAUAGGCCAAAAUUCGAACUGAGAGGUGUGCUUGCCUUGUGGAAUGUAUUACUUGCGGUAUUUUCCAUUUUUGGAUUUCUUAGACUGUGCUCGGAGAUGUAUCACGUAUUAAGCUAUUAUGGGUUCUACCAUAGUAUUUGUGUACCUAGCUACCUUACGCAAGAUCCCGUUGCUGGAUUUUGGUCACUGUUGUUCAUCCUAUCAAAAAUUGUGGAGUUUGGCGACACAGCUUUUAUUGUACUACGAAAACAGCCGUUGAUGUUUCUACAUUGGUACCACCAUGUAACAGUUUUUCUUUAUGCAUGGCUAUGUUAUGUAGAGACUACAGCAUACGCCAGAUGGAACGCUGUAGUAAACUUUUUCGUUCACUCCUGGAUGUAUUCUUAUUAUGCUAUAAAAGCAAUGCGCUUUAAUCCACCAAAAUGGAUCGCCAUGCUGAUCACUACGUUACAGACAGUACAAAUGAUUUGGGGUUGCUUUAUAACUAUUAUGGCUUACAGCUAUGUAAAAAGCGGUCAAGUUGAAUGCCACGUUGGGCUCCAAAACGCGAAAAUUGGUCUGCUGAUCUACUUGAGCUAUUUCAUUCUCUUCGGUAGAUUCUUCAAACAGGCUUACCUGUCUAACAAACGUGGGAAGAAAGUCGAAAAAAAGAAUGAUAUUAAUGACAAGCUCAUCAAAGCUAAUUGAAGCUCAUACAAAUUUCUGAAAACUUUUUCUAAGGAUGCACCCAAGUGACGUCUCUUGUAAAUAUUUUAUCAGAAUUAUUUUACAAGUACAUACAUUUACAAUUAUGCAUAUACAUUUCAAAAAAUUUAAUAGAUUUUUAAGUUUAUAUAUAUUUUUUAAGUUUUUGUUAAUAAGUGGUAGUGAAAGUUGAUUGCGGCAGGAUGAAAAUCAUGAGUAAAAUAAUAUAACAUCAAUUGUUGUACAUUGAAUUUAGCAAUAAAUAUCAUGGCAACUCGGUUAGUAGACGUUAGUAGAUGUUAGAUGUAAUACGGGUGGAUGAAUUAAUAAAGAUAUUUUCAAGCAAA